GCCCCGCCGGGCGCGGUGCAUUCUGGGACGGGAGCUCCAAAAUGGACAACCCGAGGGAUGCGCCAGGGAAAGCGAGCCGGUGGUUUGGGGUCGCGCAGUCUAAAUCGGCCAAGACGAACGUGAAUAUUCUUCACCAAGAGGAGCUGAUAGCGCAGAAAAAGAGAGAAAUUGAGGCCAGGCUGGAGCAGCAAGCGAGACAGAAUUACCUGAGCAUACAACAGCUACCUCUGUUUGGAGAAGAUGACAGUACUGACAAUGAAGCCUGUGUUUCCAACAAGUUUGUUAAUGAUGGCAGUUUCCUCCAGCAGUUUCUCAAGCUGCAGAAGGAAAAGUCAAGUUCUGAACCUCCCCCAAGUUCUACUAAUAACUCGGCAAACACUUCUGCAUCAAAUGUUGGGAAGAAACCUAUGCUGUUUGGGAAGCGCCCCGGUCAGGUCCUGAGCAGCAUGCUGCACCAAGCGAAGAACUACUCCCAUUCCAAACAGACCCCAGUCGUUAACCGCCUCAGUGUGUUUCAGUCGCCAGAUGAAGAUGAGGAGGAAGAUUAUGAGCAGUGGUUGGAAAUUAAAGUUUUACCCCCAGAGGAUGCGGAGACCCGACAAGUGGUGGAAAAGCUGGCUAGGUUCGUGGCUGAAGGGGGACCAGAAUUAGAGAAGGUCGCUAUGGAAGACUACAAGGAUAACCCAGCUUUUUCGUUUUUGCAUGAUAAGAACAGCAGAGAAUUCCUUUACUACAGAAAGAAAGUGGCGGAGAUAAGAAAAGAGAAUCAAAGUUCUCAGGCAUCCUCUUCUCAGAAAGUUUCACCCCCAGACGACGAAGAGACAAAGAACUCUGCUGAGAAACUGGCCAGGUUCAUAGCAGACGGGGGUCCCGAGGUGGAAGCUAUUGCCUUGCAGAACAACCGAGAGAACCACGCUUUCAGGUUUUUGUAUGAGCCAAACAGCAAAGGCUACAAGUAUUACCGGCAGAAACUGGAGGAGUUCCGUAAGGCCAAAACCAGCACUGUGUGUGCCCCCUUGCCUGUAGAGUCCAGUCUGAAAAGGAAGACCAGUCCUGAGGCAUCACCAUCACCUUUGUGCUUACCAUCUUUGCCUUUGCCCUUGCCCGUUCCCUCGCCUUUGCCUUUGCCAUUGCCCGUUCCCUCGCCUUUGCCUUUGCCCUUGCCUGUGCCCUCGCCUUUGCCUUUGCCCUUGCCCGUGCCCUCGCCUUUGCCCUUGCCUGUGCCCUCACCCUUGCCCUCACCUUCACCAUCAUCCUCUACAACUCCACCUGAUCAGACAGCUACAACUACUGCUGCAACAACAACUACAGCUACUGGUACAGGCACUACUAAAAAGAAACGGAAGAGCAGGUGGGGGCCAGAGGAGGACAAGGUUGAAUUGCCUCUCCCACAGCUUGUCCAACAGCUGGAUUCUCCCUCCCCUCUUUCAGUUCAGGACCUCAAGGGUCUUGGUUAUGAAAAAGGGAAACCAGUUGGUUUGGUGGGUGUGACGGAGCUCUCCGAAGCCCAGAAGAAACAGCUGAAGGAGCAGCAGGAGAUGCAGCAGAUGUAUGAUAUGAUCAUGAAGCACAAGCGAGCCAUGCAGGAGAUGCAGAUGAUGUGGGAAAAGGCAAUUCAGCAGCACCAACAUGGCUAUGACAGCGACGAAGAGGUGGACAGUGAGCUGGGAACAUGGGAGCACCAGCUUCGACGCAUGGAGAUGGACAAGACGCGAGAGUGGGCUGAGCAGCUGACCCAGAUGGGCAGAGGGAAACAUUUCAUCGGAGACUUUCUUCCACCUGAUGAGCUGGAGAAAUUCAUGGAGACAUUCAAGGCAUUGAAGGAAGGACGUGAGCCAGAUUAUUCCGAAUACAAAGAGUUCAAACUGACUGUGGAAAACAUAGGUUAUCAAAUGCUAAUGAAAAUGGGCUGGAAGGAAGGCGAGGGACUUGGCUCGGAUGGACAGGGGAUUAAAAACCCAGUCAGCAAGGGAACUACUGCUGUGGAUGGAGCUGGUUUUGGCAUUGAUCGUCCCGCCGAGCUAACCAAGGAGGAUGAUGAGUACGAGGCAUUCCGUAAGCGAAUGAUGCUCGCCUACCGCUUCCGACCAAAUCCAUUGAACAAUCCACGACGACCUUACUACUGAGAAUAUUCUUGGGACAAUGUAUUUUCAAAACAAUUGUAAUUUUACUGUGAAAUGUUAUGAAACUGCAUUAUCAUUCUCUUAUUUGCUAAUAUUGUAAAACUUAUUGAAGUCACAAUACCAUCUUUCACCCAGAAGAAAGGCCUGCAAGCCCACUCACUGCACACUCGAGUGUCAUGACAACUGUGUCGUAACAAGGCCUGGGUGGUUUUCAGAGAGGAGAGCAGAGCAGGUGAGAACGGAGAUCUUUACACGGUGCCCUGCUGACAGGGGAAGGGUAGCACCAAAGAUACCAAUAAGAAUAGUUCAGGGACUCCAUUCGUGUUUAGCUCAGUGCCAUGUUACAAGGAAUGCAUCUGUUGCCUAACAGCAGAUCCUCUGUUCAGAUACGCAGCUUGGGCUGCUCUUGGGCGGGGGGGGGGGGGGGGGGGGGGGAAGUGAUGUUGGGGGGUUUGGGGUUUGUGGUUUUGUUUUUUUUUUAAUUGCGAAUACAACAAGGGACUGUCUCCGACCCAGCUUUUGGGGCUAUUGUUCAGUCAGGCUAUUGUUCCUUGAAGAACUGGGUUCUGAGGCUGUCAUGUAGCCUGAAGUAUAGUCUGACCUUCAACUGACAUUGCAAAACCAGUGCCUAGUUGUUUUACCUCUGCCCUGUGGAAGGCAAGGCGUGGAUUGAUGUGGAGCACAGCUGCAAGGGUUGAGGGGCGCAGGGCAAGUUCAUUCAACUUCAGAGGCAUCAGCCUCUUGGUUUCUUGAACACUAAGUUCACCCCAGCUUCCUAGCAAAACAAGAGACUUGCUAACACUUUCUGUGGAGUUGGAUGAUGAAGAACCAAGCCUUUGAGCACAGCUUAUCAAAGGCCAUUUGGAUUUUGUUGUCAUAAGAAACCCCUCCACAAAUACAAAUUUUCCUCAUUCAGUCUGUAAAUAAAAUUAAACUCAUUUGUUCCUUAGUUUUUAAUCACUGAAUUUUUUGAAAGAGUGGUCUUACUGUGGGUUUUUGUAGGCUGAGAGACUGCUCUAGAACUCUUUCCUUCCAAGCAUCUUAGGGAAAAGAAAGUGAGGUUGGUUGGUUUAGUUUCUUUUGCAUUUGUUUUCCCUCAGUCCGAAUACUUGGCGUGUGAUUGUCUUUUGUUAACUUUUCUUAACAACAUCGAGUCAAGGACUUGGCUUUCAAUAAAAACAUUUGAAACAGUAAA